GGACAAACCUGACGUUGGCACUACAGCAGCCCGUGCACAAGAACACAACAAGAUCACGAGUUUCACGAGUGGCCAUGGCGACACCACCGCAACAGUUUCACUAAUCACCAGUCAUUACACUCUGCCAUUUCCUUAUCCAGUUAUCUGGUACUCCUACCUGCUUAAUUCGCUCGAAGUACAGAUGAAACAGAUUAUUAAUCUCAAAUUCGUCGUCCUCGCAAAUCGGAUCAGCAUGGCUGCCAUCCUGCUGCUGCUGCUCGUGUUCUUGGUGAGUGUGGCCUUGGUUGUUCGAACAUGGAGUGCUAGUAGGAGAUCUCAUGAGAAGGCGCGGUAUGCGACGGCCGAGCUGCGGCCGUAUCCGCUGGUCGGCCACCUGCCGCAGUUCCUCGCCAACCGGCACCGCAUCCUGGACUGGAUGACGGAGGUGCUGUCGCGGCAGCCGACGCGCACGUUCGUGCUCCGCCGCCCCGGCGGCGUGCGGGGCGUGAUCACCGCGAACCCGGCGAACGUGGAGCGCUUCCUCCGAUCCGGGUUCGACAACUACCCCAAGGGCGAGCGCUUCGCGUCGCUGCUGCACGACUUCCUCGGGCGCGGCAUCUUCAACGCUGACGGCGAGGCGUGGCGGUCGCAGCGCAAGGCGGCGAGCUACGAGUUCAACACGCGGUCGCUCCGCGCCUUCGUGGCGCGGUGCGUGCACGGGGAGCUGCACGGGCGCCUCCUCCCGCUGCUGCGGCGCGCCGCGGCGGAGGGCCGCGCCAUCGACCUCCAGGACGCGCUCGAGCGCUUCGCGUUCGACAACAUCUGCCGUGUCGCCUUCGACCACGACCCCGGCCAGCUCCCUGACGCCAGCGGCGGCGGCGCUCUCGCGGAGGCCGACGAUGGCUCCACUGCCAGCGGCAGGUUCGCCGACGCGUUCCGCGACGCCGCUAAUCUCAGCGCGGGGCGGUUCCGGUAUGCUGUCCCGUGGUUCUGGAGGGUGAAGAAGGCGCUCCACAUUGGGUCCGAGCGGCGGCUGCGCGAGUCCAUCGCCAUCGUCCACGACUUCGCCGACCGCAUCAUCCGGUCGCGGCGGGAGGAGAUACGCGCCGGCCUCGAGAAGCACGACCUCCUGUCCCGGUUCAUGGCGAGCCACGACGAGUCGUACACCGAGGUGGCCCUCCGCGACGUCGUCAUCAGCUUCCUCCUCGCGGGGCGGGAGACCACGUCGUCGGCGCUCACCUGGUUCUUCUGGCUUCUCUCCUCUCGCCCGGACGUGGAGCGGCGCAUCCGCGAAGAAGUCGCCACGGUGCGCGCACGCCGUGGCGACGGCGACGUCGACAGGGUCGGCUUCGACCUGGACGAGCUGAGAGAGAUGCAGUACGUGCACGCCGCAAUCACGGAGUCGAUGCGCCUCUACCCGCCGGUGCCGGUGGACUCGCUGCAUGCGCAGGAGGACGACGUCCUGCCGGACGGCACGGCGGUGGAGGCCGGGUGGUUCGUGGCGUACAACUCGUACGCCAUGGGGCGCAUGGAGUCCGUGUGGGGCAAGGACGCGGCGGAGUUCCGGGCGGAGCGGUGGCUGGAGGACGCGGCGGCGGCGACGUUCCGGCCGGAGAGCCCGUUCCGGUACGUGUCGUUCCACGGCGGGCCGAGGGUGUGCCUCGGGAAGGAGAUGGCGUACAUACAGAUGAAGUCCAUCAUCGCCUGCGUGCUCCAGGAGCUCGAGCUCGCCGUCGACGGCGCGUACCGGCCGCGGCAGGUGACGUCACUGACGCUGCGAAUGGCGGAUGGGCUCCCCACUAGGGUGAAAGUUAGAGGCAAUUGAAUGUGACAUUUGGGCUUGUGGACCAUGGCCCGUAGCAGAAAGAAACAGUUUCCCAUGCAGAUGAUGGUGCCGAUCUCUAAACUUCUUACCAGGCCGAAUAUAGAACCGUCCGAAUAAUUGGGCCGGGCCUAAAGCUACGUUGGUGGCACGUCCUGGGCCUAUUCAUACAGCUGCUGUAUGUAAAUGCUUUUCAUUUUCUCUUUGGGAAGAUCAUGACACGUAUGUCAUUAGUCAUUACUAGUACUCAUUAGAUAGUCACGGAUUCAAUGAAAUCUAGGGCGCUUGAUGGGAGAUGCAAUUGCGGCAGACCGCUGAACAACCUUGAACCGGUCAUUAUCAUUUGAAAGGAAUACUGGAAAAUGAUCAUUUGCUUUGCUUGCUUAGGUCUUCUUUGGAACUAGACAUCAGGUGAAACCUAAACCUGUAUCUUCAAGGCAAGGGAGCGAGUUCUUUACUUC